AUGGGUAAAGCGCCCAGAAAACGUUCGUCGUCGUCUGCAUCGCAUGGGAAGAAACAAAAUAUCGCGAAGCAAGCCGUAAAGAAGAAGCAGAAGCAAGUUUCUAAAGACUGGACGGCAAGGACUAGGGAGGCACUUGAUAACGAUGCGCAUACCAUAUACACGCUAAAUGCCCAAGCCCAAGGCCGGCCACAGCCGUCUAAUCUACCAGAGGCUAGCGAUGCAGUUCAAGGCUUGACCGAGACAAUCAGACAUCUAUGA